CUGGGGAAAAGGGCAACGUCAAAGUUACUACCCCGAUUAACGUGGAGUUUCCCCAUUCUGGCACAGAUAGCCUAGGCCUACUGACCACCACCUCGGAUCGUUUGUGGGCCUACACCUCUGUUAUGUCAGACACGGAACCAUCGCGGUCACCAGAUAGAUUGCCGGACCCAGGCGGCAGUCCAAAUGUGGAAGUGCGAGACCAGACGCUCGGGUAUACUGCAACCGGCAAUUUCACAGAUGGGCUAUUCGUCGACCGAUCGUUCUCUGUUGAUGUUCUGCAGCCCAAAGUUGAAUGGAAGCGGCCCAAGGAGAUCUCCUCAUUCCCCAGGUUCAUCGUGGAUGGGGCGACACGCAUGGAUAUUUGCCAAGGAGUUCUGAAUGAUUGCUGGUUUUUGUCCACACUUGCCUCCCUCUCUCUGCAUCAGUCCCUGCUGGAGCAGGUGGUGCCUCCUGGACAGAACUUUCACACGGGCUAUGAUGGAAGCUUCAAUUUUCGGUUUUGGCAGUAUGGGAAGUGGAAGGAUGUGAAGAUUGAUGACCUGCUGCCCACUAAAGAUGGCCAACUCAUCUACCUGCGUUCCGCCCAAGGCAACGAGUUCUGGACUCCUCUUCUGGAGAAAGCCUAUGCAAAACUGAAGGGAGGCUACCAGGCCCUGAACAUGGGUUUCCCCCAUGAGGCCAUGGUGGACAUGACGGGAGGCGUUACGGAGGUCUUCCAGGUGUCUGGCCUUCCCAGAGACCUCGGAGGCUUCCUGAAACCCCUUUUGGUCAAAGGGGCUCUUAUUAACUGUGCAAACACUCAGGGAGCAAUGGUGGAGAGGAACCCGUUUGGGAUUCUAAUGAGACAUGCUUACUCCCUCACCUGUCUGGAGAAGGUCCAUACCAGGUCGGGCCCCGUACAGCUGGUGCGUCUGCAGAACCCCUGGGGGAAGGCGGAGUGGGACGGAGCGUGGAGCGACAUCAGGGGGAGAGAAUGGAAUGAGGUUCCCGCUGAGGAGCAGAGACGAAUCCAGAGGGUGAAUAAAGAGGAUGGAGAGUUCUGGAUGUCCCUCUCAGACUUUCGUCAGAAUUUUGACAUGAUGGAGAUCUGCCACCUUAGUGAUGACACGUUGAGCUUGGCUGAGAGGCCCUGGCACUGCACCAUGCACCAGGGGCAGUGGAAGGCUUACAAGUCUGCUGGCGGUCCUCACAGAGGGGCGUGGUACUGGCGAAACCCCCAGUUCGAGCUGACUCUGCUGGAGCAGGAUGACGACCCAGAUGAUCCGGAACUCAGCUGUUCCUUCCUGGUGGCCCUCAUGCAGAAGCACCAGAGACAGAAAGGAGUCCAUCUUUUCAUUGGCCUGCACAUUUUCAAGGCUCCUCCAAACUCUAAACGCAUCUCUUCGCUGGACCUGAGUCAGCUGAGGCCUGUCCUGUCCACCUCGCAGUACAGUGCCGGCCGAGAGGUGGUGAUCCGUGGUCGCCUGGCGCCCGGUCGCUACGUCAUCAUCCCCUCCACCUCCGAGGCGCACCGGGAGGGAGAGUUCCUGCUGCGUGUCCUGACCGAGAAGGGCAACCAAGCCAAUCCCGUGGACAGCUCUGAUGAGGCAGAUGUCCCUGCUGAGAUAACUUAUGUAACUCAUGGUUCCUCAGUUCUUCCAUCUCCCAGUGAUACCCGUCAGCUUUUCAGAAAACACUGCAAUAAGGUCGGACAGUGUCAACCUGCGGAAUUGUUCAGCCUGCUGACUGAGGCUAUUAAAGGAGGAGCACUUGCAGGAAGUGAGGAGAAGUUGUGUCUGGAGCACUGCAAGAGCUUCGUCGUCCUAAUGGAUAGCCAGGGAUUGGCCCAGCUUGACUGGCAGGAGUUUCAAGCUCUCUGGGAUAAACUCAGGAAAUGGACGGACAUCUUCAUGAGAUACGACUACAAUAAAUCUCACUCGCUGGAGUACAGAGAGAUCAGCCACGCCCUCAUGAGUGCAGGCAUCCAGGUGGACGACUUCAUCAUACAGCUGAUUGGUCUGCGGUACACGGAGCAGGAUAUGACAGUCAGCUACCCAGGUUUCCUGUACCUAAUGAUGAAGCUGGACAGCAUGAUCCGUAGAUUUCAAACAUUUGACAUGAUGGGAAUGGGAACAGUUUCCGUCAAUAUGAGACAGUGGCUCCACAUGACCCUCUACAACUGAGCCCACUGAUUGGAUGACGAUUUUGUGUGAGAUCAUCAUGGCAGCUGACUCUUACACAACCACACCUGCUCAUUUCCUGGACCUCUAAAAUGUCUGCUAGGCCCUGCCGUGGCCAACCGGUAGGGCACUCGCCUGCCAUGUGGCCGACCCGGGUUCGAUUCCUGGCCCGAGUCAUUUGCAGACCUCUCCCCAUUCGCUUCCUGUCCACCUCUCAAGCUGUCCUGUCAAUAAAGUUGUAAAAGACCAAAAAAAAAAACUAGAAUGUCCACUAAAAGUCUCUUCAUCGGCAUGGCAUUUUUCUGUAAAAUAUUUUUAAAACCCAGAUCAUAUUGUUGUGUUGUGUUUAUGUCAAUAAACAUUCUCAACAGUAACAAUGUAUCUCUGUGUUCAAUCUGGGAGUGAGUGAUA